UGGGCGAAGAGGAUUCAGGAUUGAAGUGUGGAAUUGCUACGGCACCAGAGUGGAAUUGGUGCAAUUUGUCGACCGAAUGUCCGCUAAACCAGUUCUUUAUAGAACUGGGUUAGGGUGCAGCUGUGUGCCCGGUUCGAUCCUCGACGUUUCCCAUGCGAAAUGCAAGAUCACAAGUGCUACUCCAGAUGCCAUUGUCGUCUUCGAAACGAGUCUCUAACAAGUGUGCUUCUGUGAGAACGAUUUCAGGAAUCUGCCUUCACUCUUCUCUUAUUUCAGGAUGCCAGUGCGCCAGUUGUUAUUGAAGGGAAGAAGAUUCUCUAUUCCGAGGUCCCGAUGGUUCAACAGCAGCAGUAGAGCAGUGAUGAGCUGGGGAGAUGGUAGCCAUGGUGCUUUGGGGCUGCCCAGUUCCCCACUGGGAAGUGAUGCCUAUGAGCCCACACCGGUUCAGGGGCUGCCUUCCGAUGUAUUGAGUAUUGGUGUGGGCCACUAUCACUCACUCGCAGUUACUGCUCAAGGAGAAGUCUGGGCCUGGGGUAGAAACCUUGAAGGUCAGCUUGGUCGUGGUCUUUCUGAUCCCAGGGAAUCAUGGAAUGAGCCAAAGCGGGUACAGGGAUUGGAUGGAGUAAGAGUCAGGGCUGCAUUUGCAUCUGGUGUUAUUUCUGCAGCCAUUGGGGAUGAUGGUUCAUUGUGGGUGUGGGGAAGAUCCAAGCGUGGCCAGCUCGGACUUGGAAAAGGAGUAAUCGAUGCUGUCCUACCUUCCAGGGUUGAGAUGCUUGCAGGGGAAGAGAUUGCUAAGGUUUCUCUCGGAUGGGGCCAUGCUCUGGCACUGACCAAGGACGGAAAAUUGUUUGGCUGGGGUUACUCUGCAGAUGGUAGGUUAGGCCAGAUAGGGGAAGCCUUGGAGAUGAAACGAGGGCUUGUCUCCAACAACCAGACACCAACUGGGUUCUGCCCUGGAAGUUGUAGAAAGCUAGUCUUGGAUACAAUCGAGAAGGAGAACAACAUGCCCAUCAUCUGGGAGCCUUGUCUUCUACCAGAACUAAAUGAUGUCAAGAUCUCAGAUGUGGCUUGUGGGCUUGAUCACUCUCUAAUUCUCUGUGGUAAUUGCACCCUGUUAAGUGGCGGAAACAAUACGUAUGGUCAGUUGGGCAGAGUAACAGAGGAUUUGGGAUUGCUACCAGUUGAUAUGAACUGUUUUGAGCCUCUGUCCGUAUCAUCUGGCCUAGGGCAUUCUUUAGUGGCGUGUAAGCUUCUGUCAUUUGAGGACAUAGGAGAGGCCAUGGGCGUUGUUUCGUGGGGUUGGAACCGGAAUUCUCAGCUUGGAAGAACAGGAACAGAGACUAUCCCUGGUUUGGUUGAUGGCCUCUCAACUGAAACACCUGUUUCAUUGUCUGGAGGGCGUGCAAAUUCAAUUGCGCUCACAUCCAAGGGAGAACUUUGGGUAUGGGGCUGUGGCAAAAAUGGAAGGCUCGGGUUAGGAAGCUCCAUUGAUGAGAUUGAGCCAACUCUGGUUGAGUGCUUACAAGAUUUUGAGGUUCUACAAGCUGCUUCAGGUUUUGAUCAUAAUCUCGCCCUGGUGGCGGAAUGAGGCAACCUUAGUUUUUGGACUCCACUGGCGUGGACUAGAAGCUUGAACUUGAAGAAAUUGCUCAAAUUGCUUGAUCACCAUUCUCUUCUCAAGCUCAAGGCUCGGCAGUUCUUAAUCCCUUUAUUUUAGAGUUUAAAUUUCUUUCAGAUCUACAUUUACACUAGUUUAUAUGAUGUUUCAUUAUAGAGAACUUUAUUGGAUGAUUUGGCGAAUCACCAAAGCAUCACUUCUUUUCUCAAGAAUGAGACAAUGAAGCGACAUGAAUACCCUUUGAUAAUAUCAA